AUGCGCCAAAUAGAGACUCACCCUUCGCAGACAACUCAUGCGCCCGAUUACGUCGGCUUCCUCUUUCUCCUGGCUGGUUGGAUCCUGACGGUACUUUUUGUCAAUCCAUUUCAUCGCAUGUUCUUCAUCAACGAUCUUCAAAUCUCUUACCCGUUUGCGGUUCAUGAGCGUGUUCCUGUCUUCAUGAACUUUGUAUACGCCCUGUUCAUACCGCUGGCAGUUCUUAUUGCCUUCAAUAUAGUCACAAGAGCAUCAGCUGCUAAGCAUGAAGUCACAUACCUAUCAUUCCUUAUCUCCAUCGUACUUACAUCCUUCAUCACUGACAUCAUCAAGAAUGCUGUUGGCCGGCCUCGCCCUGACUUGCUGGACCGUUGCCAGCCUGCAGUUGGGACAAAGGCCAAUACUCUUGUUACCAUCGACGUGUGUACAAGAGAAGACGGCCAUAUCCUCCAAGAGGGUUGGCGGUCAUUCCCUUCUGGCCAUUCUUCCUUCUCCUUUGCAGGUUUGGGAUUUCUCAGCCUUUUCCUUGCUGGUCAACUCCACGUUUUCCGCUAUUCAGCUGGUGGCCGUGACCUGAGCCGGGCUUUGGUCUGCCUCCUACCGCUCAUCGGAGCUGGCCUGGUCGCUAUCUCACGAUGCGAGGAUUACCGCCACGAUGUUUACGAUGUCUGCGUCGGCUCGGCUCUGGGUAUGAGCAUUGCAUAUUGGAGCUACAGACGCCACUGGCCCCGACUUUCUAGCCAAAAGUGCGACGAGCCGUAUCCGCGACCAGGAAUCGACACCCAGCCCGGCUGGCAACGCAUCACCGAUGAUGAGGAGGCGGCAAGAGGGACAGAUGUAGGAUUCGAGAUGGACAACUUGAGAGGUUCGCGACGCUGA